AUGUCCACCACAUCAACCAAUACCUCCAGCGUCGCUCACUCGACAUCCUUGAAACGAGCACGAUCCAUGAAUACUCCACAGGCCCCUACGAUUGAUGGAGACCUACUUCUAGAUGUAUUCUCUCACAGGGCCAUCCGGUAUAUUGGAGCUGAUAUGAACGAUGAUUUUGGCGAUGUUGACCGUGUGGCUUUUCUCGGCAAACGCGUGCUAGAGAUGGUUGUUGCGCGAGCCUUAUUCGAUAAGAGGCCAAUGCUGUCAGCAUCGGAAUUGACUAUCCAGACUGAUGAAUGCCUUUCUGAAUCAAAUCUUGACUCUUGGGUCACAAUGUACGGAUUUCGAGAACGGGUGCGCGCCUCCCCUGACAUUCGUGAGUCCUUGAAAGAGCCGUCGGAGACUAGGCUACUCUUCCAUUCCUAUAUAGGAGCCGUAUAUAUUCAGCGUGGCCUCGAUGAAGUUCAAAGCUGGAUUGGCAAGCUCGUAGAUCCAACUUAUGAAUCGAAUGAUUCAAAAAGGUCCAGAUACCAAGAUCCUCCAGAUCCCAUACCUCCUGCGGACACGCCUCCGCCGCUUCCCAGUCCCGCUCCCUCAACGACUGUAUUCCUCCCCAUGUUCAAUCAAACAUGCACACAAAGACGCAUCGUUGUGGAUUGGGUUGCUAAUUCGACCGGGCCUCCUCAUGCCCCUGCUUGGAACGUUCAAUGCCUCGUCGGGGGUUUGAUCAAGGGAACUGGCCAUGGGCGCAGCAAACAAUUGGCAAAAGAGGAAGCAGCCAGAGAGGCGUAUAUUGCUAUGGGCUGGGCUUCACCUGGUUUUUGA